AUCAAUAUCUUAGCCUCCCCUACGCGCAAGAAGCUCCUCAUCCUCAAACUUUAUAAAUAGCGACCCUACUAUUGUAUUCUACUCGUCUUACUCUAUAUGUUCAACCAUAUGGCGAGUGAAAUUCUACACACUUUAGAGCCAUGGUCUCGUCUAGACGGCAAAAUCGUUAUGGUGACUGGGGCAUCGUCCGGCCUUGGUCGUGAGUUUUGCCUAGACUUAGCCAAGGCCGGUUGCAGAAUCAUUGCCGCUGCUCGUAGAAUGGACAGGCUUGGAUCUCUUUGUGACGAGAUCAACCAACUCAACUCUCUAAUGGUUGGUGGUAAUGGUGAUGGUUGUCUGGCUGUCGCUGUGGAGCUUGAUAUAACGUCGGACGACAACGCCAUUGGGGCAUCCAUUGCUAAAGCUUGGGAUGCAUUUGGACAUAUUGAUGUUUUGAUUAACAAUGCUGGUGUCAGAGCUGAAGUAGGGCAGAAAAGGUCGUCACUUGAAAUCGGCAAGGAAGAAUGGAAUCAAGUCCUGAAUACAAACUUGAUAGGAACAUGGGAGGUGUCCAAAUGUGUUGCCUCUCGACUACGAUUUGCACGCAGAAAAGCCUCAAUUAUCAAUAUUUCGUCCAUCACCGGUCUCAACCGAGUCCAAUUUUUUGGAGGCAUUGCUUACAACUCCUCCAAAUCUGCGAUUGACUCCAUAACUAGGAUUAUGGCACUGGAACUCGGAGGCUACAACAUUAGGGUGAAUUCAAUUGCCCCAGGCCUAUUUCCAUCUGAAAUUUCUGGACCUAUUUUUCAACAUGAUUUGGAAAUCUUGGCCAAGAAAAUUAUCCCCUUAGGGACAAGUGGCGCCAUCAACCCAGCUCUCACCUCUCUCGUCCGCUACUUAGUUCAUGACUCCUCCAACUACGUGUCGGGCAACACUUUCAUUGUUGACUUUGGUUCUAGUUUACCGGGGCUUCCAAUUUAUUCUUCCCUUUGACUUUAUUUCGUUUAUAUUUCUCGAUAUCAAAAGAAUUCGACUCCAAAUGAUGAAUUGGAUGAACUUUAAAAAUCUCGAGACUUUAAGUUCUGAAUAAUUACAAUCAUUUAUGCAUAGCGGAUCUAUUUGUUCUAUCUAGGGGAAUUUUAUAUUUUUGUUCCUAUUAGG